AUGCACUCCGUCGAUCUCCUCGCGCUUGCCUUUGCCGUAUUUCCGACAGGGGCUUGGGGGCAAGUUGUUGGAACUCCCUAUGGCUUUGCCACUGGAGUCACGGGUGGAGGCAGUGCUACUCCAGCAGUCCCUAGCAGCAUCACCCAAUUGAAGGAGUGGCUUGCCGACGAUGUAGCUCGAGUUAUCAUGAUCGAUAAAACCUUCAACUUUAUUGGCUCCGAGGGCACGGUUACAGAGCCAGGAUGCCGCCUAAACACCGGCACUUGUACUGCACUUAAUGGAGGCCAAGAUACCAUCAAGACUGGCGACUGUGACGCUAAUGAAGUUCGUAUUACUGUCACGUAUGACAAAGCCAGCUACCUCGGCAUGGACGUUGGCAGCAACAAGUCUCUGGUUGGCAAAGGCAGUGCAGGCGUUCUGAAUGGCAAGGGCCUUCGGCUCAAGGCCGGGGCCAAGAAUGUUAUUAUUCAAAACAUUCACAUCACUAACCUGAACCCUCAGUACGUCUGGGGUGGCGACGCUAUAAGCCUGUCAGGUAAUGAUGGAGUAUGGAUUGACCACGUCAAGCUCUCGAAGACAGGACGACAGCAUUUUGUUUCACACUAUGAUGCAUCACGAGUGACUAUUUCCAAUACCGAGUUCGACGGUGUCACACCGUACUCCCACAGUUGCAAUUCAGAUCAUUACUGGACAAUCAUCGUGGGAGGUACAGGCGACAAGAUCACAUUUGACCGCAAUUACAUUCAUGAUGUCAGCGGCCGUGCGCCCAAGAUUGGUUCCAGCUCGGGCACGCAGCUGGUGCAGGCAGUGAACAACUACUUCUACAGCGGCACUGGUCACAACUUUGACAUUAGCUCCUCCGGCCACGUUCUUAUUGAGAGCAACUAUUUUGAUAGCUGUGUGACACCACUGACAAGCGGCAGCAACGGCAAGAUUUUCAAUACGGCGAGUACUAGUGUUGAAGGCAAUUGUGCGUCCUCUCUGGGCAGGAACUGCGCUGUCAACUACCUGUCAAGCAACACUGGCAGGAUGACCAGUCUGACUGAUAGCACUGUCUUGAGCGAGCUCGGAAGCUACAAGUCUCAGCUUGUGGCCCCCCUGGGAUAUGGCAAGGUUGUUAGCACCGUUACAGCGAACGCAGGCAUUGGGAAGAUUGGAAAUUGA